AUGCGAUUAUUAUACAACCCGAUGGGAUCACUGAUGUCGGAGUCAGCUGUAAUAAGAGCGAGAUACAUGCCCGACGUGAAGGGUGUCAACAGAUACAAACACUUCCAUACGUAAGUUGUAAUGUUAUAAAUUAUAUUAUACUACUAACUACACCUUUUACUACAAUGCCUCUUAGUCACGAGAGCACAUACGAUUAUAAGUUGCGGGUCGACCCAUAAACCUGUUUUAGACCUCUAGUACUAAUGAACCCAAACGAAAUAGGAAAUAUUGACAAGCGAACAUCCCCAAGAAGCUCGCCUCGUGAACGUGUGGCCAGUAGAUCUCCACGGAACAGUACGGAGCUGCCACCACUGCAGCCCUCUUUAAAUGGGUCGAGUAUGGUACAAAAAAGGUAAUAAGACGCGAAUGACUACAACUUCAUUUCUUUCGUUACAGAGGAGACGCCAAGCCAAAUUCGUGCUCGACAGUACGACUCCCGACAUCCAAAUUGGACGGGAAACGUAGUAUGAUGGUGGAAGGUAUCAGUCUCUCCAACAUGUUACCUCAACUCGACCCCAAGCGACUUAAUGGUAGGACUUUCACAAGUAAGUGUUAAAUAUUGUAAUUAACGCCCUAUUGCUGUCUUGGUAAGCUUGUUCUCUCUUCAGACACGAAAAAUAUUCAAAACCGAAAGUCCCGUACUCCCAAUUCGAACCAUGCUUUUCCAAUAGUGUUAAAAAGCAAAGGUAAGGCUGUUUUGAGUAUGUAUACACUUCAUUGUAUCUUACAACGUUGACAGGUUUGUAUUUUAUCCAUUUACAACUUGAAACACGAGUUUUGUUACUCAAAUAUCACUUCAGAAAUAGUAUGUCCACGCCGCUCCAACUCAAUGCACUCUAUUCCGCUAGCCUCGCUGAACUCCGAGAAGCCUGAGAUGGGAAAACAGUCCCCGAAAACGGUACUAUCUACUGUAAGUUUAUCCGUCACGCUUCCGGUUUGACAAAUCGAUUAUAUACCUCAACAUGUUUCAGAACAAAGGCUUUACGUAUACGGUGGAUUCGCCGAGUACGAUUAUUUCGGUCGAAAGUUCGAGUCAGCUUAACCGAAGUACUGAUAUUGCGACACAAACGGACAGCCUGCCUAUGUUGGCAUUGUCUGGGAAAGUGUCCAAGUCGAAGGAAGAAGUAAGUGACAUAACAAAACUUUCUACCCAUUAUGAGAAAUCUCCUAAUGAAAAACUUCAGUUAAAUUUUGUCAUCGUGAUAUUAUUUAUAGAUCGAACAGCAAAAAGAGCUUCUGGAAAUCAUCGACAACGCUUUGGACGAGACAAUCGACCGGCAUUCGCGACAACGGACCAAUCAAUUGAUAGCAUCGUCAGCCAGGAAACAGGCAGCCAUCUGGCGCGACGCCAAAGAGUUUGUGAUGACAAUUCUGAUACCCGAAAGUGUCAACGCCGCCAACAAAACGAAAUACGACAAAUCAUUGGUAGACAGCAUCUCUUCUAUUCAGUUACCUUGA